UCUGCGCACUGCCGCCCCCGGGCUCAGAGUUUGAGCGCCCGGGCUGCGGCGAGGACAUGGCCAGGCACCUGCUGCCGUUGCUGCUGCUGGCCGCCGUCGGCCUCUCAGAGGGGAGCGUGCAGUUCCACGUGUCCCUGCGGGUGCCUCGCUUCGUGGAGAUGGGCGGCUCGGUGUUGCUCUUCUGCGAACACAGCGUCGCGCGCGAGCAGUUGCACAAGAUUGAGUGGCUGCGCGACGGACGCAAGUUGUUCCAGUUUGUGCGUGGACGUCAACCCCCGUACCGCAACUUUACCACCCCCGGCGCGCAGCUCGACUGGCGACACUCCAACGAACGACAGGUGAUGCUGCGCAACCUGCAAUUUGAGGCCAGCGGAUUUUACUCGUGCGAGGUCUCCACCGAAACGCCCAUCUACACGAAAGCCUCCAACGACCAGCAGCUCACCGUUCUACUGAAGCAACGAGCCGAACCGCACAUCACUGGACGCAAACCGGGUCUCUACUUGCCUGGCGAGAAACUCGAGCUCAACUGCACCGCCAGCCCAUCGAGGCCAGAAGCAGACAUCACGUGGAUCGUCAACGGGAAAAAGGUGGAUGACAGGUUGCUGCAGGUGUUCCCUGGGCAACGCACUUUCGCCGACUUAACGUUCUCGACCGUGCAGCUGAGUCUGGAGCUGAGCGAGGAUAACGUAAUCCCGGCGCCGAGCGUGGCACCGGGCGCGCCGCCCGCCUCAGGCCUCGUCCAACUCACCUGCCUCACCACCAUUCCCGCCUUCCACGGCUUCGAAGACGAGCACGAGAACCACCUGAGACCCAGCUCGGUGCGCUACGCUGACAAGCAAAUGGCUUCGCUUACAGUCGAGGUGAUGGCCCCGCAGCCCAGCCCCGACCCCGAGGCGGCCGCCACCAUGAACUCGUCGGCCAGCGCGCUGGCCGCCUCCAUGGCCACCUUCGUGGCCGCCGUGCUGGCCGUCGGCGGACGGUGAGCGGUGCACGACAGCAGCAGCAAUUCUAGUCAAUUGAGAGUGCAAUCGACAGAGACCACCCGAUCAUCAUCUUCCAAGUAUUUAAAGAGUAAAAAUUAAAAAGUAACUGACAAAUAUAAAACACUCUGCGCGAAAAAAGCUGAGAUUAAGGGAAAUUCGCGGCGCAGCAAAUUAAGAUGAAUACUGAUGGUAGAUAAUUAUAUAUCUAUUGAGAAAACACACUAUUAUAAUACUCUAAAAAUAAUAAUGAAGAAAGAAAGAGAGAGAAGAAGUAAUUGCAACUAAGUAAUUACAGUUAAGUGUAAUUGCUCACUCACAUGGAACGCAUUAGUGAAAUUAAACACAUAUCUCGUUGUUUGGCGACUCGCCUUGAGACAGAAUUCUGUAAAACCAAAGAUCAUAGAAAACCUGGCGCGUGGUUGUCUUGGAAAUGCGUGCGACGAAAAUAUGAUAUUUUGCUGGGCUUUUGGUAAAAAAGAAAAAGAAAUUCUAAAUGUACCUAUCUCCGCGGGAUGGCAGGUCCCGACUCUGAAAGAAUCUGAAUCAAAGCAGAAAAAGAACGAAUCCACUUCCAUGCUAUAAUCAAAUCUUGAAUGGAAAUGAAUCACAUUUUAACUCGUUCCGUGUCGGCGAAGGCCAAUCCUUGUGCUCUUAUGCUUUACUCGAGCUGACGUUUUCGACGGGAGAGCACGUUCCUUUGAAUGCAGCACCAAGUUGAUUUGUGUCAAUUAAACCGUGUACUUAAAAUUAGUUUUAAAAGUACGAGUGCAGGGCUCGAAAUUGGCUUGUUAGCACAGCUGCAGCUUUCGUUCGUCCUAUAAAACGAAACACUAUUUAUAUAUAUUGAUCGUUAGUCCGUUUCUGACUGAUUUGAAGAUAAUCACAUUCGUAACAAUUCGUCGAGCCCUGCUCAAAAAUCACAUCGUGUCUGCCGGGAGACGGAGCGAUAAUGACAGGGAAUGGCAAAAGGGCUGACAAUCGAAAAAAGCCUGUCCAGUGGUUAUUUGCGGGAAUAAACGCACUUUUCCGCAGCAGAUUUUUAAAUCAUUAAAAACAUGAAUCCUCACAUUCCGAAAAUUGGAAAACGUUUGAAUUUUGCUGACAUUUUAAGGUUCGAAAUUUAUUGUGCAUAUUUAUAUGACGCCACAACCAAUUAAUUUCUUAUUUUUAAUUUUUCAUAACUUAUUUGACAAAUUUUCUGACGCUUGACUUUUUUUCCAACUUUAAGCAGUUUCAAACUUUGAUUUUAUUUUUUUCUAAAAAUUAAACUGAAAUCAAUUUCUUAACCUAUUAAAACACUACUUAUAUCCUCUAAGCUUUGAAUGUGCAAUUUUUGGUUUUGCCGAAAUUUAGGAAAAAUCCGAAAAUCUAUUGUUUGGACAAAAUUACAAUCCCUGUAAAAUGAAAAUAGCACCGAUUGCGGCCGCACAUUCCAAUUUACUUGUUGAGCUUCUCGCCAGCAAAUGCAUUAAAUAUAAUGAGGAGCACGUGUGUGAGUGCGCGCCGCCUGAGCACGGAUGGAAUCUCUCUCUCCCGGCAGAUAAACUGAUGAAAAAUGCAGUUUUCGCGCUGCCUAGCGCCUAGUCGAGUUUUUCAGCGCACUCGAGAGUGUGUGGGUGAGUGUGUGUAUGUGUGUCCGUUUUUGCUGGCUGCUGCCGAAGCCUAGCAGCAGGUCUUGUGAACGGAGCGAAUGACGCGCGAGCAAACGGGCUGCGCGCGUAUUGAUCGGCGCGCGGCGACGGGGGGCAGGGUAUGCAACAUGCUGGGCGCGCCCGCCUAACAGGUUGCAUCCAGCCGAUCCGAGCUGACACCGCCGAGGAGAAGGAUUUCACUCAGCACACACGUAUCAACUCGGCGUCGAUCGAUUUCAAAACCGUAGCAGGCUUGCAAUUAAAAUUAAACGAAUCGUUAGCUUUACAACUAAGUCUCUCUCUCUCGAGUGCAAUAGGCCCUCUACUAUCUAUAAAUACGCAGCAUAAUAACAAAGUUAUGAAAUCGUUAUCGGUGCGUGCCAACCGAAGCAGCCCCUUCCGCGUGGGCGAGGCGAAAAAUUGCCACCACCUGCGAAUUAAACCACUUUUUAGCCUCGCAGGCAAUUAAUCACGGCGACACGAAAGAUGGAAGCAAUUUCGCAACUAUAUUCCACUUCAAAAAGCGGCCGUGGUUGCUGCUGCUGCGCAUGUUUCUCCACUAUCUGUGCCAUUUUCCUUCAACGGCGUGCUCUUAUCCGUUUAAUCAACCGCGCCAAGGGCAAGAAAGUCAUCUGCCUCGCCGCGAAUCGUAUAACGAAUAAAAAAAUAGACCCGCUAUCGAGUCCCGCUUUUUGCGGGGGCCUGCCCGUCUCUGCCGGUUCAUCGUUCAAUCCGAAAAUCGAGCUUAGAUUCCGUUCUUCCUGACAAUAGCAAAAGCGAGUGACGCGCCUGCAUAUUUUUUGACGACUCUUCAGAAUAAGACGCGGCGGCGGCGCAGGCCACUCACUCUUUUCUGCGAGUGUUUGCUGUUUCCCUCCCUAAUUGGAGGCGAGGGUCCUUUUUAUUUCACCACUCCUGUUCUGUCUAUCGCACGGGGCAAAACGAGUGACUUGCCCUUUGUGCACCUGCGGACCGGGUGGGCGUAAACGAAGGCGUAAAGGUCAACGGGCGCCGACAGCCGACUCGAUUGACGAAACCUAGCGCAAGUUUUCGUUUCCGUAUGGCGAGAAUCUGCGCGGGAACUUUCGCAGCAUUCUCCCACUGUGCUGAUGAAUUUUACAUGAACCAAAUGAAAACGCGAUUUAUUUCACUGAGAGGAGCUAAAAACGUCCCAGAGGAUUCAUUUUUUGCCGUGGAGCAUCCGGCUAGGGGAGGGAUUUUCAAAUGAUUUGAAUUUAAUCAGGAAGAAGCGUUUGCGCAAAGCAAAUAAACCCUGAUGCAUAAAAAAUUCAUGCGUUGAUGUGUGAUUUUGUGACGAUUUUUUACUUGAUUUCUUGCAAAACUUUACAGGAAUUUUCCAAAAAGAAAAUUAUUUUAAAUGAAGAUACUUUUAAAUAAACUAUCGGAAUUUUGAAGAACAGGGAAAUUUGUUUGGAAUUUUCUGUCAAUUUUAAAACAAUUCAAAACUGUGCAACGUUGUUUUAAUUUUAUUCGAACUUUGCCAAUUUAAAGACAGGAAAAUAAGCUGGUUUUAUUUUAACAUUGAUUUAUUUCCUCUUGUCUGUUUGAAAUAUUUUAGUCUCACAAAAGCACACCGAGUUACUAUGAAGAACCAUGCACCGCAUGCAGAUUUUAUACAUUGGGGAAAUCAAUGCUAAACCGAAACCGCUCUCUUUGUGGUGCGAUUUUAGUCAUUUUUCUGUUCACAAAUUAAUGCAAAAUCAAAAGAUUAUUAUAAAAUAAAUUCCUGAACCUCUGAUUACUACCGAUAAAAAACCAUACAGAAAAUUUUCCAUUUUCAUCAAAAACAUUUUUCAUUUGGUUAAUUAUCAAACAAGUCAUUCAUUCCGUAAAUUGGAUAUUUAUUAAAGCUUGAAUAUUUAAUUGCUCCAUUUUGUUCAAAACACAGGGUCAUGGCUGGUGCUCCAAUUUGACUUUACGACUGCGAAAUUAAAAUUUUCCAUUCAUGUAAUACCGCUGGCGAAUUUUGCGCGCAAAACUAAUUAAAAGGGAACAUUUUGCUCGCGACAAACGUUGAAAAUCCUUAUUUUCGUCUCGCGAUGCCUGAGGAUCUCAUUUUUUCCGGUUCCAGAAACAUGCCCUUUGGCGAGCUGCUUGCUGCUCGCUUGGUGUGGCUUUUCGGUGCGCAGAGCAGUGAAAUGAAACGAGAACGUUUGCUGCUCGGUUGUGUGGCAUGGUUAGCGGCGCUUUGUGUGUGCGACGCGCCGCGACAGCAAUUGCGCGUGCAGACAGGCUGCCGCCGCGGCCCCCAACGCAAACAAGUUGCGUUCGUUCCUCCCUUGCUGUGAAAGGGUGCGUGCGGAGCGGAUGUGCGUUGUACAUAAUAUGCAUGUUAUGUACACACAUGUGUCAUACGCACAGUGGGACGCGAUCGCAUCUCUCGGCGCCCUCUCUGCAUCGACCACGGGCCAAGUUGGGCUGUGCCAUUGUCGUCGGCGCGCACGUCACCACGCCAACAGAGUAAUGAGAAAACUUUGCAGUGGAAAAUCACCCGGCAAGCAGCAAUCGAUAAUCUCAUUUUUUAAUCUUUCCCACGUCGUGUUCGCACUCUUUCUCACUCUCCAAGGUGCAUUUCAAUUUCGUCUCCUCCCCGCGGCUGCUGUCGCUCUAAUCGCUUUUUCAUUCAAGAGAGAUUGCAACUCGACGGUGUGAAUUGCAGCACGUGCAGUCGAGGGAAAUCUGCGAAGAAGAUUGCGUUCUAAUGAGGAAAAUCGUUACCGCGGUACGCCGAUUUUGUUUAUUGGCUUAUUGCGCGAAAAACAGCUGUAAAUACGUGUUGAAUUGAUACGCUUUUUACAGAUUUUAUUUUGCAUUAAAACGAAAAAAUUGAAAUUUCAAUUAAUAUUCCAAAAAUCUAUUAUUUAUUUAACCAGUUAAAUAAAAAAUUACUUUUACAAUACAUUUUUUGGCUAUUAAACACAAUAUUUUCAUGUUCAUGAUUUGAAAACUAGCGCUAAAUUGAGGAAAAACUAAAAAGAAACUUUUUCUCAGAAAAAGCGGGACUUUGCGAACCCUGCGGUUGCAACAGCCACCAUUGAUGUUAUUUUUCGCCCUCUGAGAUUAGAUGUUACAUCGUCGCGGUAAUCUUAUGCUAUCAAUUAGAGGUAAUAAUAGCAUUUCGCCUGGGAGGCAGGGCAAGAACACGUAUGCCUUGAUCCCAUUGUUUGGGAUGUAAUUGCUGGAGGCCACUAAUAGCGUCGCUGAUGACGAAUCGCGAGGCUUUUUGUCUCUGUCUGAGUUUAAUUCGUUCCAACGCGGCCUUUUUCCAGUCAGAUUUCCCACGGCUGCCGGCGAGUUUUGUUUUCCCCAUCACGUCCUUUAACGAUUUUUUGUCGGAGAAAUACACGCGGACGGCGUUUUUCAAUUAAAUCCGAAGCAGCUUGUAGCAGAGCCGAGCGACUUUUCAGCGCCGUUGCGAUCCAAGAAACUUUAAAAGUAAUCCAUAAUCCGUUUGGAGCCGCAAGCCCGCUAUUGUCGGUUUCCGCGGCCGACUAAUUUACGGUCGCGUGCGAAAAUGCCUCUUUUUGCCGCGUUAUAAAGUACGGAGCGGCGAAAUUAAUUACCAAGUUGCGACAAGCGCAAAGUCAACAAGUAGAGAGCGCAAAGCAAUAUCACUUCAAAAGCCCCGAUUAAAAAUUCCCUUUGCUCCGCGGGACCGCUUUUUGCGGCGCGCGCCCUUUCGAAAGCGAGACUGCAAGAGCACCCCGUGAAAUGAUUAAACCAUCGAUUUCGCACCUGCUGCAUUUUGAGCCGUACUGAUUUAUUCAUACCUCACUUAUUUGUAGUGAGGGAGGAAAUAAAGAAAGGGUUUUGUUGUCGCGUUCUCUGUCACGCCUGGCCGGAAAUCGAUCCGAGCGGCGAAUCGCGCGGAAGAGACACCACCUGUUUCGGCUGGCACGCACGCAGCAGCGAAUAGGAAUGUAAGGCAAACGGAAAUUAUAUAUUUACAGUUAUGCAUGUCAAAGAAGUGUAGAGAGAGUGAGGGACGCCGUAAGCAGGCGAGCAAACGCAGCGCCCCGUAAUAAUAACUUACUAUCUCGUACACAUACGUCACCUCGUAAGUAAGCUCUCUUUCUCUGCUCUCUUCUCUCUGGGUGUACAAUAAUAAUUCUAUACACUAUACACACAAAACACACAAACACGAACAGUAAUCCGCAGCUGAUGUCUCUCUACAUACUGUACUAAGUAAGUGUUUUUGUACAAUCGCGCGCCACUCGCAGGCCUAACAAUGAAAACAUAAUCAAAUAUAGCCAAUGGGACGCGGGGCGGACCCACCAAGCUGUCAAUUAUUCCAGCCCUGCGCGCUAAUCUCGAAUGUAUCAAUUAUAUAUAAAUGAAGCGGCAGUUGCAGCACCGCCGCCGACGCCGCUGGACACUCGUCCCGCGGCACCGCCGGGCUGCACGUGCAAGCGUCUCAUAUAUACAUUACCACGGUGACAAUAAGCAAGGAGUUUAAAAUUGUCAUAGAAAAGAGGUUCGCCGCCUGCGUUUCAUUUCCGCUUUCGCUCUCCGUUUUGCGUGUAGAUCGAGUUAAUAAUGCAGAACGACAGAAAACGCGUUUUCAUCCUAGUCCAGGUGCCGAGUUCUCGGCGACUUUGAGCAAGGCAAAACUCUCUUUGGCAAACAUGCAUAGACCUCAAUCAAAAUGAAAUGUGUACAUGCUUUUGGUUCGUCCAACAAUUUAUGGCCGCGCGCGCUGAGAGUUAAUUUUUCUGCAUUUUGAAUAGGAGUAGAAUGCUCUGAAAAUACUCGAAACAACGAGGAGAUCUUGGCAUUCUUCCGCGGGUCUGGAAGCGAUUUCGUGACUCCUAAAUUGGCGAAAUUGAGAAAUUCCUGUUGCAAUUUGGCCUAUUUCUACUGCUGACCAAGUCGGCCUUUGUGAUACUCUCCACAAACCUCACCACGAAAUCGCGUCCGCCCCUACAGCUAUAUGCUUUAAAAAUCCCGAAAUUUUUGUUUUUAACGUUUUUAAUGCUAAAAUCGACUGAUUCCGAUAUUUUGAUGAGAAAAAUGCACAAUUUUGACUAUUUUCAAAUACCCUGAAGAAUGCAGAUCUCCUCUCGAAUCUCUGAUCUGAAUAUAUACUCACAAUAAGACUAGGUACGCUUACUUACAGAGGAGCCACGCAACAGAGUACGCGUCGAUUUUAUUGUUAGCAAGCUCGUAAAAGUAUAAACUUUAACGCAAAUUAGCCAAUAGCAAGUAAAUCUACUCUAAUUAGCACUGAGGGCGAAGAUCCAGGCGGAGGAAAUAAAAAGCGAACGGCGGAGAGGGUGAGUGAAGGCGAGAGGGGGAAGGACGGUCAUCGGCUAGCGCUGUAUAUUUAUUUUUUAUCGCGCGCGUGAAUGGGAAGAAAGAGGUUUGGCAGUCAAUAGGCGAGUCGGGCAGGAGCAACCUGUGCCGCUUGCUACCUGUGGCUGGCCACCCGAGCCCCGUAGAAGCAAGCCAGGCGCACACUCGGCUCUCUAUCUCCAGCAGCGAGCGCCUGGUGGGCCGGCAACACGCGCCGCGGCGCUGCGGUGCCGCUUGCCUAACACCCAUUAAGCCUCGGGCCAAGCCGGAGCUCUUUCAGCUUACCGUCCCCCGCACUAGGGUUGCCAGCUGCCCGACCGUGGAGGAGAUUGGGAUGCGUCAAUGGUGUGACAUAGGACGUCACUUGAGAUUAAAUUGAUAAAACGAGAGCUGGAUUUUUCUAAAAUUACCAGCAAAAAAAUCGGCUUUCAAACUAGAUCAGUUCUAAAAACUCUUUGACGAUCUCCGUGAUCUCCUUCUUUAAUUUAAUUCCGGUGACUGCUGGGCCGAUUGUUGCCUUCUCCGAGGCGCAGGUUGCGUUUCGGAUUUUCAAUUAUUUCCCAGAAACGAAUCUGUUUUACUGCUCGGCAAUAUUCAGCUGGCAACCCUCAGAACCUCGCUCUUGCGCAACGGGUUCGAUUUUUUUUUCUACCGGAGGCGAAAACACUUUGUUUAUUUUUAGGAUGAGAUUGGUUUUGAUGCAUUCUGCGAUUUAUGCUGCGAGAGUUUGUCUGCGAUUCGGCGAAUGGCAAAAAUUUUAGAAGAAAACUCUUUUCGCUACGUCGUUUCUCUCUGUCUUUUCUCUUCGCGAAAAAAUGUGAAUAGCCAAAAAGCCCAGCUGUCGUGUCAAUUGUUAAUGUGUAAUAUAAUACGAAGUACUUGUUUUUAAAAGAGACAGAAUAUAAAAAACACACUUAUGAAAUGGUUUAGGGAGAUCCGCUGCCAGGUCCUUUCAGAGACAAACAGAAAACACGGGGCGGACGCGAGUCUCGCGGGUGAAAAGUGCGAGGUGCUCGCGUUCGCGGAUGAAAACAGCCUUGCUCAAAAUUUUCUGGGUCUAACUGUGGAGAAAAUCAGCUCCUUCUCCUUCGAUCAAAAAAUCCUUCGCCAGCUCCUGGACUAUUAUAUUUGUUGUGUCGAUUGAUUGUUGGCUUCAUGAUAAAUUGUUCAAGUGUACUUUUGUUUACUGUAAUAAAUGUGCUAUUUUUAAUAAAAA